ACAGAGACUUGCAAGAAGUCAGUUCUCUCUAAUUUUCACUUGUCUAGAAAGAAGGAACUAUGGCAGCUUCAUCUUUUAUCUCAGCAGUCACAAAAAGGCUGGCAGGGAAGGUAGCUCUAAUUACUGGAGGCGCAAGUGGUAUUGGGAAAUGCACUGCUAAAGUUUUUGCACACCAUGGAGCCAAAAUUGUGAUUGCUGAUAUCCAAGAUGAAUUGGGCCAUUUCGUUUGCGAGGACAUAGGCCCUUCUAACUGUUCCUACGUGCACUGCAACGUUACAGAUGAAGAUCAAAUAAAAAAUGCUGUUGACAAAGCUGUUGCUACUCAUGGCAAACUAGACAUCAUGUUCAACAACGCUGGCAUAGUUGAUCCUAACAAGGCUCGCAUAAUCGACAAUGAGAAAUCAGAUUUUGACCGUGUUCUUAGCGUAAACGUUACUGGCGUUUUCCUAGGGAUCAAGCACGCAGGUAGGGUGAUGGUUCCUGCUCGAAGUGGUAGCAUAAUUUCAACUUCUAGCAUAAGCUCGACACUUGGUGGUUCUGCCUCACAUGCUUAUUGCGCUUCAAAGCAUGCUGUCCUGGGACUCACAAGGAAUGCUGCUGUUGAGCUCGGGCAAUUUGGGAUUAGAGUUAAUUGCUUGUCUCCCUACGCUAUUGCAACGCCUUUAGCGACGGAAUUCGUCGGGGCUAAUGAUGAGGAGCUCGAGAAAGGGAUGGGUUUGUUAGCUAACCUUAAGGGUCUGACUCUUAAGGCAGAAGAUGUAGCAAAUGCGGCUCUUUAUCUAGCGAGUGAGGAGGGUAGAUAUAUUAGUGGGUACAAUCUCUUUGUAGAUGGGGGCUUUAGUGUUGUUAAUCCGUCGUUCCACUUGUUCCAAUACCCGGAAGAGUAAAAUAUUUCAAUUAUUUAAGAAAUUAUUUAAAAAUAAAAUUCUGAAUCUAUCAAAUUUUUUUAAAAUUGUUUUAUGAUCAUGAAAUCAAUUAAAUUCGAGCAAAAUUUGUAACAUCAUUAAUUAUAUUAUAAAUAAAAUUUUGGAUCAAGUUUUUUUUAAAUGUUUAUUUAGUUUAGUUUCUCUUGUAUUAUACGAUCAACUUUUCAUCACUUUGGU